GUCCCGGUAUUCAGCUCCCGGCGUUCUCCGUAGAGAAACUGAGGCUCGGGUCGGGACCGGCCGGCGCACGCGCGCGGGGGCCUCGUUUCUCUUUCUGCACCUGCUAUGCAAAGUGUGCUUCUCCCCUGGGCGCUUCCGGCCACCCCGAGUUUUGCAGCCAGACCGUAAUCCGGCCACGCAAGAGUCAGGGGCGACCCUCCGGAUCCUUGGUUCCCGGUGGGGGCGUGCGGGCCUGGGCCGUAGCGGCAGGACUCGAACCCUGGCCUGGUUAGGUCCGCACUUUAGGAACCGAGAUGAUCCACUCUUUGGUUUGCCCCGAAACCGUGAGCAGGGUGAGUUCGGUGCUUAACCGCAACACCCGGCAGUUCGGGAAGAAGCAUCUAUUUGACCAAGAGGAGGAGACGUGCUGGAACUCGGACCAGGGCCCCUCCCAGUGGGUGGUGCUCCAGUUUCCCCAGCGAGUCUGUGUUUCCCAGCUGCAGAUCCAGUUCCAGGGCGGUUUCUCCAGCCGGCAGGGGCACCUGGAAGGUUCCCAGCGGGGUGAGGCGCUUCGCAACAUUGUGGUCUUCUACCCCAAGGACGACAACUCCCUCCAGACCUUUCCUGUGCCCCCCACUGAAGUGGACCAGCUGAAGGUGACGUUUGAGGACACCACAGACUUAUUUGGCCGAGUGGUCAUCUACCACCUGCGGGUCCUGGGGAGGAAGGCAGUGUGAGGCCUGACUGGCCACCUCUUCCAGCAAGCCCAUGGGAAGCACACAAGUUCAGUGAAAGCCUUUAUUGGUUCCUCUCGGGAGGCUGCCCUCCUCGCCUGUCCAGGAGCUGCCUUGGAAGCCAGGUCUGGGCCCCCCAGUGCCCGGCGGACUGUUCUGUUCCCUGAGUGUGUGAGUCCUGCAGGUGUCUUCACUCUGGACCCUCAGGCCCCAGGCUGCUCUGGAAGAGUUUCAGGAUAUGGUUCUCCAUCACCUGUUGCACUGGUGCAGGGGAAGGGUGGCUGUGAGUGGGGCUGGAAACCGAGGCCUGUGGUCCAGCCUGAGCCACACCCUCCCUCCAGGAGACAGAGGAGGGACCCACUCUAGACCUGGGUCCACACUCCUCCCAUACAAAGCUACUUCUGUACCACUGACCUCACCUCCUGGAAGUCUGCACAAAUGCUUUUUUGUUUUUGCUUUGUUUCAUGCAAUCCAGACUGGCCUUAAACUCACUAUGUAGCCCAGACUGGUCUCAAACUCACAGUAAUCCUCCUGCCUCAGCUUCCUGAAUGCUGGGAUGACUGGUGUGAGCCACCACACUGGGAUGAAAACAGUUGUUUUAAAGCAAAGAUGCUCCUUAUGUUUUGUGUUUUCUACUAAGGCCCGUCUGUCUUUCCCAACUCGGGCUUUCCAGUCUCCACAACCAUGAAAAUAAACCUCUUUUCAUUGGG